AUUUGAGAGAGAGGGUUUAAGAGCUGCCAAAUGUAAACAAUUUUUGGUUUCGAUUCCAAACUUUCGUGGGUGGUAGUUCCUCCUUAGCCCUUUUCUUCCUUCCAAAAUUUUUCGUGAUUUCCUUCUUCCCGAAGUGGGGCUUUUGGAACCCUAGCAGAAAGGAGGGCCUGGCACCUUCUCUCCCACCAACUCUUCCUUCGUUUCUCGUGGUCGGAGAAGAUUACGAUGAGGUUUCAGGAUAAUUAAACAGAAGAGUGGCUGCCUCAGGGAUAGGCACGGUGGGAUCGGCAAGCAACGAAAGCACUGGGCAGGCUGCGGAAGCGGCGGGAUAAUUCUAAAUCUAUAGAGAAGCAGAUAGAACAUCAACGAGGAAAUUUGGGUGUCUCGCGGGGAAGAGAAAAAAUCCAAUAAGGAGAAAUUGUGAAGUGGAUGAGAAGUAUAAAGUUGGUUAUUUUGCACUGUGUCUAGGGUUUAGUUACAAAUCAUGAGGAUGAUCAAGCUUCCGGAGCCGCCAAGUGGUACCCCCGGGAUGCCAGAGAUAUUUGAAGGUGGAGUUUAUACUGUAAUUCGAAGGGCUGUUGUCAUUGGAAAUGGCUUUGCUGGAGCAGAGAAUCAGUGUCUUGGAUUGGUCCGUGCGCUGGGAUUGUCUGAUAGGCAUUCUUUAUAUCGUGUUACCAGACCAACUGGUGGUAUUAAUGAGUGGCUGCGAUGGCUUCCAGUCUCUCUUCACAAAAAACUGGAUUAUAUCUUAAGACAGCUCUGGGGUGAUUCUCGAGUUCUAUCAUCCUUCAGGAAGAAACAGUUGGCACCAUUUCCCGCUGAAAAUGGCAUGAAGGCAGGCCUGUCAUCUGUUCUAGAAGCUGAUGCAAGGCAUAUUGCUAAUAUGGCUCAGGAGACUUUUGAGAAGGAAGGACCUCUUCUGGUUGUUGCUUCUGGUCGAGAUACAGUCUCCUUAGCAAGUUCUAUAAAAAAAUUAGCCCCAAGCAAUGUUUUUGUUGUUCAGAUACAACAUCCUAGGGUAAAGUUGAAUAGAUUUGACAUGGUAGUGACACCACAUCAUGAUUAUUACCCAUUGACUCCUGCUGGGCAACAGCAGAUCCCUCGUUUUCUACGAAGAUGGAUCACUCCAUAUGAACCGCCCAAUAAAAAUGUGGUUCUCACAGUUGGAGCAUUACAUCAGGCUGAUUCUACUGCACUUAGGCUUGCUGCUAGUGCAUGGCAUGAUGAGCUGGCACCUCUUCCUAAGCCUUUGCUCGUUGUGAACAUUGGAGGACCUACAAGGCACUGUAAAUAUGGGGCAGACCUCGCCAAUCAAUUGGCAGGUUCGUUGUACAAGGUGCUGGCCACGUGUGGAAGUCUAAGAAUCUCCUUCUCAAGGAGGACCCCUCAGAAGGUUUGCGAAAUUAUUCUAAAAGAAUUUGGUGGACAUCCAAAGGCCUACAUAUGGGAUGGGGAAGGUGCAAAUCCACACAUGGGUCAUUUGGCCUGGGCCGAUGCUUUUGUGAUCACAGCAGAUUCAGUUUCCAUGCUGAGUGAGGCUUGCAGCACCGGGAAGCCUGUUUAUGUAAUUGGGGCUGAGAGGUGUACAUGGAAAUUUUCUUCCUUCCACAACACCCUCAAGGAUAGAGGUGUAGUUCGUCCAUUCACUGGCAACGAGGAUAUGGCAGACAGCUGGAGUUAUCCUCCGCUUAGUGACACAGCAGAAGCGGCUUAUAGAAUACGUGAAGCACUAGCAGAACAAGGGUGGACUCUUAAAAGAUGAUCUUUUGCUUAUUCUCAGUUAAUGGGAGACCCAGUCCUAAAUUCCUAAUUCAGUUGGAGCAUGUUCAUAAUUUGAAGUCCUUGAAAUAAAUUUAUUUUUUUGUUUGAUAAAAAAAAUGAGAGGUCAGUCUGCGGGAGGAGCCUUGUAUCCAGAUUUUUUGUUUUUUCUCCCCUACACUUUACAGUGUGCUUUGAGAUAUGUCGAAAGAGUGGAAAAAUAAAGUGGCAUUUACCCGGCCCGCCCUGUACAGUACAAAAAUGCCGGUUUGAAAUUAAAGCAGUUUUUUGCAUUA